AUGUCCGCGCAUCCAGCUGUGAUACCCAAAGAACUUCUAUCCUAUGUUGAAGCCCAGAAUACUUCGCGUUGUUUACGCCUACCACAUCCUCGAACAGGCCUCCCUGCCUUAUUUCUUCCCUUCAGCAGGCCCGCCUCCGCAGAUGGAAAAACAGGUGCGAAUGGAAUUCUCGAGCUCCAAUCAAUUUCUCCCGAUGCAAAGAGGUCGUGGUUUAUGACUCCGGGAGAGCUCGUAUCAGAUGGCAAGCUUCUCGUCCUGGCGCCCAUUGAUCCGAUAUUCCUCCUCAUUCCACUUCUGCAGCUCUUACCGGAAGGCACGAAUGCUCGAUACCUGCCGCAUCAAGACCUUGUGGACGAGAUAGCCAAUGUCUUCAUCAAUUCACCGCCAACAACAGAGGAUGCUUCUGUAAUAACACCAGUUAUCGAUGCCGCAGAUAUUUCAGCAAUGGGAGAGGUGGGUUGUGUUUGCGAAGCCCUGCGGCGAAUAUGUGACGUAAAGGAACCUGCACCUGAACUUGAAGUAUUCAAAUUCGCACCUCCUAAAGCUAUGGAUAUGCUACGAGCGAAAGUAUCUGCGAUGUCUUCGGCUUCAACGUUCGCGACGUUCCCUUCAUUACAGCGGUCGUUGGCGAAGGACGGUCUGGCAGUAGGCAUAGACAAUGCUGGAACGGACGAACUGCUACUCUCUCAGGCAAGAACGAAGGCUUCAUGCGAGCUUCUGUCUCAGUAUCUUUCGCCAACCUGGAGGGAGAAGUUACUUGAGUCUUACGACUUCACCCGCUUGGAGGCCCACCUCAAAGCGAUCGCCGGUGAGGCCCAAGCAGCAAUCACCCGCGCUGGUGAUGAGCCGAAACUGAAAGACGCCACCAACGCAACGAACAAGAAGCCCAACAAAGGAUCUUUUGGUGUGGAGAAACCAAAGAAGGCCAACGUGGCAGGAAUGGCGAAGCUGUCGACAUUCUUCACUAAGAAGACAUGAGAGCGAUGCACAGCCAAUGGAGAUGGCCGCGCUGUAUGACAUCGCGAUCAUUCCACCCUGCAGAUGUAUAAAGCGUAUUGGAUCCAGUGGAGCGGGAGAAGGUUGUGAGCACCAAGUCGUGGCUCUGCGUCGGACCCUCCAGACAGAGCCCAAUAUGUCUCAGGCGGCGGUUGAAAAUUCAGGUGAGACGAGAGGAAGAUCUCCAAGGACACCUCCCAUCGCCUCACGUAUAC